AUGGGGGAGUGCAUGACUGGACUGUCAGCAGGAGACAAGCCACAAACCCACCACCUCGACACUCCUCACACGCCCUCGGUGGAAGGAAGACAAGAAUCACACCGUGGCCUCUUUCCUGACAAAAUUCAGAAGCAGCAGAGAUCAGAGUCGAGAGCAACGCUGCAAAGGCGAACACAUGGCAAGCCGCAGAAGACAGAGGGCAGGGAGGGCGGGAACCCGGCUGGCGGCGGAGUGGGACGCAGAGGUGUCAGCGCUCGGCGGCCGGGGCAAAGGCCGCGCCGAGGGCACCGCACCUCCCUGGCUGCGGGGACGACAGCGGAGCGGGCGCGGACACGCGUCCCAUCUCGCGGCCCGCCCCUCACGGCCGGUCCCGCAGGCCCCGCCGGGCGGCCUGGGUCCGCGGGCGUGGCUGGCUCCGGCCUCCAGCCGCGGCCCCUCCCGCCCGCCAGGCCCCCGGCCGCCGCCCGGGACUCGCGAACCGCUAAGAAGCGGGCACCGAGGUGCGGACAGCCCGCGCCCCUCACUCGCACCCCGUACUCACCCCGCGGCCCGGCGCCUCCUCCACCUCCUCCUCCUCCCUCCUCUCGGCCGCGGCUCGGGCUCGGGCUCUGCACGGCGGCGGCAGUAGCAGCGGCCUCGGGAGCGGCGGCGGCGCCUCCGGAACGCGCACGCACGCAGCACGCAGGUCCCGCCCCCCGCCCCGGGCUCCGCCUUCCCGGUCGUGUCCGGAAUCUAUUUAAGGGAGCCGCACUUCAAAGAGUCAGGAGGAAUAGUGUGUGCAGACAGGAACUGGGGCCUUGCCUUUGAAAAAGUGAUUAAGGCCAACAUUGAGAUGAAAAAGGACAAAAAAAAAAAAAUUAAGAAAGAAUUUUGAAGGGAUGCAAUCCUGGGACAGUUACUAGUUGAGUGCCUAAUAGGUGCUCCAUGCUGUUCUAGGCAUAUAUAGGAAAAGUCACUUUCUAGAGUUUUCGUCCUCGUGACCUAAGAGAGGGAACAUGAACAUUAACAAGUAAAAAAAAAAAAAUUCACAGGUCACCAGGGAGGUCUUUGCACGCCUUUGUUCAUGCUCUGAAGAAACAAGCCUAGACAACAGAGGCUGGAUGAGAGGAAUACUCCUGGGCUGAGAGAAUAUCAGCCUCAAACACAGAGGUGGGAUGUGUCUGCCAUAUUUCACGAAUGGCAAAAGGCAAGAGAAAGGAUGGAUGAGCAGAGUCUAUGGCCAAAGAGCAGAGUAGUGAGGCGCCGAGAUCUGGACAAAUGGCCCGACCCUGUGGAGCCUGUAGGCCAUUGUAAUGGCAACAGGAAGCCCUGAGGAGAGGGUGGGCCCACAAAUAACUAUAUCUAGUCCAUUUUUUUUAAAGGUUAAUAUUACUUAGGGUGUGCUCUCUUACUCCUGUAAUCCCAGCAUUUUGAAAAUAAGAACAGGAGAAUCGUCACAAGUUUGAGGCUAGCCCGGACUACACAAUGAGUUUCCACAAGUUUGAGGUUAGCCAGGACUGCACAAUGGGUUUCAGGCUCAUCCGGAGCUGGAGUGAGUCUUGCUGUGUGUGUAAAAUACCCAACAGAAGCAUGAAUGUCCACAGAGGAAGUCUAGUAGGUGGCUGCUCAUGUCCAAUUGGCCAAGAGUGACAGCGGCAUGCCAGGUAAGAAGUGGUUAUUUUAUUUUCGAUUUUGUUUUUUUCAGUUUUAUUACAUCUCUUUUAAUAGGUUCGAACUUGAGAAGGCAGAGGGUAGAGCAAAACAAUUAGGAAUGAUUCUUAGAUUGGGGACCUGCUGGCUGAUAUCACGUAAUGAGAGAGAAGAUGGGGUAAGAGCAAAGCUGGGAGCGAAGAAAUGGAGAGUUCAAUUUUGGCGGGGCUGGAGAAAGCUCAGCAGCGAUGAGUAUUUGCUUCUCUUGCAGAAUACCCUGGCUGGGUUCCCUGCACCUACACAGCAGCUAACAACAGGCUGCAGCUCUAAUUCCAGGGGAGCUGAGGCUCUCUUCUGGCCUCCAUGAGUACCACAUGCUCAUGUUACACAGACGUGUGUGUGUGUGUGUGUGUGUGUGUGUGUGUGUGCAAAACACUCAUAUACGUAGAAUAAAAAUACGUUGGGGAUUUAGCUCAGUGGUAGAGCGCUUGCCUAGCAAGUGCAAGGCCCUGGGUUCGGUCCCCAGCUCUGAAAAAAAAAAAGAAAAAAAAAUAAGUUUUUUUCAAAACAAAACUUCUAUUUUUCCUGUUUAUCAUCCAAAUAGAGAUAUUGAAUAAACAAUGCGAGGUAUGAAUCUGGAGAUAUAAAUUUGAGAUCCAUCAGGAUUAGAUGAUUUGACCCUCGGGAUGGGGAGUAGCUGGAAGAGAGGACCAAGAGAAGUAGAGGUUAAAGAUAAGCAGAGUUGGCAGUCAGGUUAGAGGAACGUCCAGGAAGGAAGGAAGUAGUUAGGGAGUUGUUUUAGGAAAGUCAGUGACAGUCCCCUUGCCUACUGCUGAAAUAGCUAAGACAGUUGAGUUUCAAUCUCUGCCUCACCCCCGCCUCACAGUCCCCAUCCCCGUCACACUGGUUGGUUCAUGCUAGACAAACUCUGCCACUGAGCUGCACCCCCAGUCCAGAGUUGGGAAUUUAACCACUAAUUUUGGCCUGAUGAAGACUGCUGAGGAGCUUAAUGAAAACCCUUUCCGUGUUACCAUAUGGGGAAAGGUCUGGUUAGAGGGUAAGAAUGAGAGAGAGUGAGGAGGAGAGGUAAGGAGUUGCCUGAGCCUAGUAGUAGUAGUAGUGGGAAGGCUGUGGGGAUCCAGGAACAGUGUUUAAAGCCAAGUUACUUCCUUGUGGCAUUAGAGUGAAAAAUAAAGUUACCAAGCAGAGACCAGAGGAGACACCUAGAGAAACUAUAGGAAGUAAGAAGCAGUGAGUCCUAGCCUGGUGCUGAAGCAGUUGGUCUUGAAUAGGAACAAGGACAGUAAUCACAGACUGGUUUGUAGCAAAGGCACAGACACAAGAGCGCAUAGGCGUGUGUUUGAGGUGCGGAGCAGAGGAGACGAGUGAGAGCUCAAGUCUAGUGGGCUGAGUUUGACCUUGUGGAAAGGGCACUUUUCUACUGUUCUCCCUUGGAGUGGCACCUUUUGUCAGUUUUCCAUGCCCCCAUCUUCACACACACUCACACCCGCACCACACACACAUGCACGCACCCACGCGCCCUUGCAUCCAUGCCCUUCCCAUUCCUUGUGUAUAUUUUUUUUCCAGUUUAUACUAAGUGCUGUAAGUGUUGCCUGCGGAUGGAUGGAUGAGAUCAGAUCUGACCUGUGUGCUUUCUUUUAGCCUCUCUUAACAUGGUGGUCAUAUAUCUACACUGAGAUCACUCCGCAAGGUACGGUCCGUUGCUGAUGAGAGUCAAUGCGAGAAGGGUGAGAGAGGUGCCCAUGUCUCAAAUUUGGGGGAGGACAAGUGAAUCUAUUUUAUAAAGGAGAAGGUAAUAUAAUUAAUCACUCUAAUGCUUCUACCUGGACGAAGAUGGAAGUUUAGAAGGUGGACGACAUUGUGAAGUUGGUGACAUCACUCAAGCGUGAUGACAGCUGGCUGGCCAGUAGGUCACCAUUUCCCUUUGUUGCAUUCCACUUCCCACAUGCUGGGAAGGCAAGGCUGAGGAGGACAUGUGAGACGGGCAGGCUUCAGGGUCUGAACCAACACUAGCCUAGCUGUCAUCUGUGGGAAGUGGCUUUCGGUUGACCAGUGGCACUUCCCAGUGUCAGCACGCGUGUUGUGUCAGCAGCUCAGACUCUGCGCUAGGGGGCCCCUGUCCUCAGCCAUCCUCCAUCUUGGGAAAACUCUCUGGUGUAACGAGCAGGGCCUCAGUGGGGAGGUAGGAUGCAGCCUCAGCGAAGCAGAUGGUUGGGUACUUGAACAGCAAUCUAGUACAGGAAGGAGAAGACUCUGAGAAUUGAGGAAUGAAUGGUAAUUGGAUUGGAACCUUAUCUUUAUUCUCGUAACUUUGAUAGAGACCUGGCAGCACCUUGCACUACAAUCUCCCUUAAUAAAGGGCAUUACCAUGCCAUGACCCAACUCACGUGUCCUGCCCCAUACAUAUUGAAAUCUCCCUUUCAACUUUGGAAGAGGGUGUGUUGGAGUAGAUCUUCUUGAAACUUUGUUCUCAUCUUCCAGGGUGAGAGAGGAAGAGGGAGAGGAAGAAAGACAGAGACAGACAGACAGACAGACAGACAGACAGACACAGACAGAGACACAGAGACACAGAGACACAGAGACACAGAGGCAGAGAGAGAAUGAGAGAACAUUACAGGUUGACAAGGUAGCAAAAUAAUUCCAAGGCAGCUGUUCUAGGAUUUCCUGAAAUAGAAGAGUGAAUAUUUGCUAGAUAUAAAGGUGAGGCCUGUAGGUUCCUUGUUUCUCCACCAUUUUUAUUAUGAUCUCUUGCCCCAGAAAAGGAGGAAAACAAACUAAGAAUGAGUGCCUCUCCCCCAGCACAUUCUAACUUGGCGUAUCAGCAUGGUAUCGGGGAGGAGGAAUCGGCAACUGACAUUUACCUAGUGCUAACUCUACUUGUUUAAACCGUUAUAUGUUAUCUAGAUAACUGCACUGAACACUGGGAUACAGAGGCAUACUGUGUCUGUGUUGUUAUCCCCAUUUUAAAAGAGAACGCCAUUGGGCUCUUGUAGUUAGGAAAUGAUGAGGUCAAACUCUAAAACCCAAGGCUUCCUGGCUGCAAAGUCCACUUUCUUUCCAGUUGCCUUGCUGAAGUGCCUGCUCUGAAUGAAGAAGAACUGGGUCCUGCAGUAUGUCCACAGGAAGAAGACUGUGUGUGAGUGCAGCCUCCAUGUUCACUGUGCCUCAUGCCAUCCCUGAUGUCAGGGGGAAAUGAAUGGUCAUUUAAAAAUUCCGGCUGGCUAAAGAGCUGGUGGUUUGAAUGAAUGCAUCUAAUUGCAAAAUGUGAAGGACUGCCCCUGGUAUUAAAAAGAUGGAUGAUUCUGUGAAGGGAAUGUGCUAAGACUUGUUUGUUGAAAAUGGAAUUAUUAAUGACUUGUCAGUAAAUUUAAGAAUGCCUUAAAUCAUUCCACUCUUACUCUUUUCAUACAAGGAAUAAAACAGAUGAAUUUAUAAAGGG